AUGGAGGCCCUGCAGAGGCAGCAGGCAGCCCGCCUGGCCCAAGGGGUGGGGCCAUUGGCCCCUCAACGCCCACUGCCACCACCACUGCCUCCCUUGCCUGGCCCCCGUCCCCUGCAGGCCCCUGAGGGGGCCUUAGGGGAGGUUGGGACUGAAGAAGAGGAGGAUGCAGAAGAGGAUGAGGAAGGGGAGGAAGCCGGGGCAGAGGAGAAGAGCCGUCCAGGGACACGGGGCCCCAGCUCACCUCCAAGCCAACCCCCUGGAGCUCACCCCCACGAAUGGACCUAUGAGGAGCAGUUCAAGCAGCUGUACGAGCUUGAUGCAGACCCCAAGAGGAAGGAAUUUCUGGAUGACCUGUUUAGCUUCAUGCAGAAGAGGGGGACGCCAGUGAACCGCGUGCCCAUCAUGGCGAAGCAGGUGCUGGAUCUGUACGCGCUGUUUCGCCUGGUGACAGCCAAAGGCGGCCUGGUGGAAGUCAUCAACCGCAAGGUGUGGCGGGAGGUCACGCGCGGCCUCAGCCUGCCCACCACCAUCACGUCGGCAGCCUUCACUCUACGCACCCAGUACAUGAAGUACCUGUACCCGUACGAGUGCGAGACGCGUGCGCUCAGCUCCCCCGGGGAGCUCCAGGCAGCUAUCGACAGCAACCGGCGCGAGGGCCGUCGUCAAGCUUAUUCCGCCGCCCCGCUCUACGGCUUAGCUGGGCCUACACCUCGGGGCACUCUGGGCCCAGUCUCGGGUCCUGGCCCCGCCCCGCCCCCGCCCCCGCCCAGCCCACGCCCUGCCCAGGGCUCCGCCUCCGGCCUGCCGGCACACGCCUGCGCGCAGCUGAGUCCGAGCCCCAUUAAGAAAGAGGAAAGCGGAAUUCCAACCCCUCGACUGGCACUGCCUGUGAGCCUGGCUUUGGGACCUGCAAGGGAGAAGUUGGCACCAGAGGAGCCCCCAGAGAAGAGGGCUGUGCUGAUGGGGCACAUGGACCCACCUCGACCUGGAGCUCCCCACAGUUUCCUAACCCGUGGCAAGGCUCCCCUGAGGGAAGAGCGGCUGGAUGGGCCUCUCAAUCUGGCAGGCAGUGGUAUCAGCAGUAUCAACAUGGCCCUAGAGAUCAACGGGGUGGUCUACACUGGUGUCCUCUUUGCUCGCCGCCAGCCUGUACCAGCUUCCCAGGGCUCAACCAACCCUGCACCUCCACUGCCUACAGGGCCACCGUCCAGCACCUCACCCUGAGAACUCCCACUCAGAAUUAAGAGUCCCAGCCCCAAUGCUGAGGGGGGAGGUUACAUCCCCUUACACCUUGAUUCUUCUAGGGUACCCAGUCUAGGACCUGGCCCUGGGAGAUGACACCCCUCCCCCCAUGCCCUGUGGACUUGAAGCCAAAGAAUUUUCUUUUGAUAUUUCAUCUACCUCAUUGUAAAAGGAGAGCACUUCCUCCUUGGCCAACUCCAGCAGCAUCUACCAAAGAGCUCUGCCCUCACUAACCCCCAUCAUUUCCUCUUGUACUCCCUGUGUCAGUGUCAUCUCUAGGAUCCCACCUUUUGAGAGCAGACCUGCUUCUCUCUUCAGGAGCCAGGUGAAAGGUUAGGUUGGGGUGUUGUGAAGGAGAUAUCCCUUAGGUCACAUCUGAAUAAUAAAGCUGCAGUCCCUCCCUC